AUGAAGUAUGAGCGGUUGUUUCAACGGGAGCCUUGGUUGGAGAAUAACGCCAUUGAGGAAGACAGGGAAAAGGCUGCGCAAGAUGAACAUGCGGCUGGCCAACCUUUGCGGAGGCCCAUAUCACGUCGGUCCUCCGCCAUACCCUCAUUCUGGACAAUCCUGGGCUACGCGAUCGCGCUCUGCCUGGCAACAUACCUCAUAUACGACAAACAGCACACGAAGAACGACUGGCCUCACCUCAAAACACCCUCACCCCCAAUCCCAGGCCUCAACCCACCCACCAAACCCCGAACCCUCCCCAUAACCGACUGGCCUACGCACCCAGCCUCCCUCUACCGCCAACCGCCCUCCCCCGCCGUCGACGCCGAAUGGAAGCGCAUCUCCAACGUCCACAACCUCGCCCUCACCUCAGCCCAAGUAACCUCCCUAGGAAAAGACCCCACCCAAACAGUAAAACUCCCCCCAUCAUGGGGUUUCGGCGCAGACGCUCAUCUCGGCCUCAUAACCGUCCUGCACCAAACGCACUGUCUAGACAAACUGCGGCACGCCGUCUACUACGACCAUUACUUCCGGCGCGGAAAGGGUUGGGGAAGGCUGCCGCCGGACGAGGAGCGGGCGAGGUAUUUCACGCAUCUGGAUCACUGUCUGCAUUUCCUCCUGGAGACGGUCACCUGCGUCGCGGACACGAGCGUCACGACGUACCACUGGAUGGAGAACCGCACGCUGCCCGUCGCGGACUUCCAGGCAAAGGGGCAGUGUCGGGAUUUCGAGGCGCUGGUCUCGUGGCACGCGGAGAACCACGUCGAUGCGAAGGUCUCGAAGGAGGAGGAGCGGCUGUGGCGAGAUUUCCGGCCGCGGGAGGACGAUGUGGUGUUGCCUCGCGUGCCGGCGACGGGGAAUGAGUUUUGGGAUGUGGCGAUUCUUGUUGGGCCGGAGGAUGCAUGA